GUGAAGGGAGACUUGGAGAGCCUAUGGCCGGAAGGCUUGAUAGACUGCACACCCUCCCGGCCAAAAGACCUACCGACAAUGCGCAUCGUGGACCUGAAAGCAAUGAACUUCGGCUACGGAAAGUUUGCCUACCUACGGGAGCCUUUGCCAUCACCUCUGAAUACGUUGCGUGAUGCGAUGUACACGGCGCUUGCCCCUGUGGCCAAUGCUCAGCUCGAGAUGUUCCGGGCAGAGGUUCGUCCAAAGCCGUUUGCCCUGGAGUUGUAUCCGCCGGA